GGGCUCUUAACUAAAACGCUGGUAAGCGCUAAAAGCAUUCCCAUUUCUCCCGUCACAAGACACCACCACCAAAAUGACACCAAAUUGGAUGAGAAACAAAGGAGUGGGAAAAAAAUGGAGGAGACUUUAAUUAAUGGAAAAAGGUAAAAAAAAAGAAAAAAGAUAGAAAAAUCCAAAAGUGCCCACCUCUCCCGCUAAACAGCCAGCCCAGUCGGCCACACACGGUGGGUGGCCAACAUGGCCAAAAAAAGGCGACAAAAAAAUUGAAACAUCGAAGGAAGAAGAGUGUGGAAAUAGAAUUCCUCCUCCCUCUACUCCUACCCUUUCUGUCUAGUGUGUGUGUGCGUGAGAGAGAAAGAGUGGUAGGAGUCGGAUGGGUUGAUGAUGAUGAGGAUGGAUGGGGUGGGGGGUGGGGGGUGGGGGUGGGGUGGUGUACUGGUAGAGUAGUUGUGAGGUGCACCGCUCAUCCCAUGCGCACCCCAUCUACAACAAUACAACCACAACAACAAAAUACUACAUCAUCAACCAUCAUCAUCUGAUUCAUCUGAUUCAUUAUCCAUGAAUUAUGGCAUAAAAAUCCACCCACCUUCCCCCAAAUCCCCCCACCCAACCGCCACCCCCUUUUUCCACUCCCCCACUACUACUUCCACUCCCCACCUAUUCCUGCUGCCCACAUCCUCCUCCUAAUUUUAAUGCUUCUUUCUCUUUUCCAUUUUCUUUGUCCUCAUCAUCAUAAUUGAUUUUUCACCCCCAUCUACCACCACCGUCACCACCACCACCACCACCACUGGCCUAACCGGCUAACUCCCCUACAUCCCUUUUGUUCUGCCCCCACCUUCCCUUCAAUUUUCAUUUAUAGCAAAGCCCACUUGUUUCUUUGAUCUCAAAUUUCUAAUCUUUAUCUUUCUCUGACCAUCAUGUUUCAUUUGCUUUGCCUUCACCGCCCCAUUUCUUUCUCUCUUGGGUUGUUAGCUCAGCCGGUGUUCUGUUAACAGACCCAACUAUACUCUGUUUCUUUGGCUUGCUUGCAAGGCGACGGUGAAGAUUCGAUUUUUUUGGGAUUUGGUUCUAGCCUUCUAGAUAUGUCUACCGCCAUCGCGGCCGUCUCCCCAUCUGCAGCUCCGGAUACUACUGCCAUCGAGGUCGUUGUUGAGAAGCCUGUUCGGAAAUUUCCGCCGCCGUGCUGGACCCAAGAGGAGACUUUAGCGUUGAUAGACGCCUACCGUGAGAGGUGGUAUGCCCUUCGGCGGGGAUACCUUCGGACGGCAGACUGGGAUGCUGUGGCUGCAGCCGUUACCAGCCGAUGCCCAGGUGCUUCUCCGGCUAAGACGUCUGCCCAGUGCCGGCAUAAGAUGGAGAAGCUACGUCAACGCUACCGUGCCGAGAAGCAGCGGUCGUUGACCUACCCUGUCGGCCGGUUUUUCUCAUCUUGGUUUUUCUUUGAGAACAUGGACGCCAUGGAGAAUGGAACCACUGUUUCUGCUGCUGGAUCGAAUCAGGAGUCCGAAAAUCUUGAUGUUUCUGGUAAUGAAUCUCGGCUGAAAUCAUUUCUUGAUCAGAAUAUAGUGAAAUUGAAGCUUAAUCCUAAAAAAGGGUCAAAGCUUCCUAAUGGUAUAAGUCCUAAUUUUGGUUUAGGCCAGGGGGUUAGAGCUAAUCAUUCCUCGAAAAAUGUUGAGGUGAAGGUGAAUACUGAUUUUGUGCCAAAGGCUCUAAAUGGAUAUAAUGCUUUUCUAGACCCGGGAUCUGAUAAAGGUGAUGAAGGAAUGGGUUUUCGUGGUGGGUUUGGUGUUAAGAGUUUCGACGAGGGUCUUGUGGGAGCUCCAGUGUUUAAAUUUAAGAACUUUGGAAAUGCUUUUGCGAAUUCAAGAAAUGGUUUUGAUGCUAGUAAUGAGUUCACUAUGGCAUCAUUGGGCGAUGAGAGUUCCAUGCCACCACGAGUUAGAUUAAAGAGAAAAGGGAGGAUAGAUGGGAGUCUAAGUGGAAAUAUUAGCUAUGGUGUGGUGAAUAAUGAUCAUGAUGAUUCCAAGAAUGGACUCUGGGUGCCGGUUGGGACAAGGGAAAAUUACGGUGGAAAUUUGGAAUAUGAUCUGCGGGGUAUGAAUGGCUUUCAGAGUUCUUCCAAAAUGGGAUUUGAGAAGCGAGUGGCGGGUAGUGAUCCCUCGAGCAACGGUAAUAGAGGGAGGAGCGCAAUUGAUGAUAUGGUUUCAGCAAUUAAAAUGUUGGGAGAGGGAUUCAUCAAGAUGGAAAAUAUGAAGAUGGAGAUGGCUAGGGAAAUUGAGAAAAAUAGAAUGGAGAUGGAGGUAAAGCGGAAUGAGAUGAUACUCGAGUCACAGCGCCAAAUUGUUGAUGCUCUUGCAAAGGGAUUAGUCGAGAUGAAGAGCAAGAAAUUGAAGAAGAAUGCCACAGUGCCAGAAACGCAAUGAAAAAUUAGAUCCUUCCGGAUAUAUGAUUUAUUGGUAUGUCCCUUGGUAAUCAAAUUCCCUUCAGCUUGGGAAAUGUGAUCACUACUUAGGUAAAGUGGAUUUACUCAUCUAGGUAGAUUCUGCUACUGUUAUUUCGGUAGCUCUUAGUUCUAAUUUUUCUGGUAAAAAUUUAGAUGUAUUUAGAUGUUGAGGUUAUAUUGUUCUUUGCAUAGUAUUUCUUCUCGAUACAGGAUGUGUUUCCACAAUACAUUGUAAAUAAUUGUAAUAUGAAGUGUGAGGCAAGGAGGUUUAAAUCUUUCUAGGCUUCUACUGGCACUUCUCUUAUAGAUGAAGUUAUUUCUUUGUUAGUAUGUGAAAAAUAUCAGCUUUGUGCGUGCUCUUGAUUGUUAAGAUCUUCUUGAUUAAGAAAAUCAAUCAUAUAUUGUGAAGAGCUCAGUAUUUAAGAAGGUGCUGGAUUUAUAGACAUAUUUCUCAUUAUGUGAAGCAAUUGUAACACGAUACCUUUCCAUAUGCACUGCAUGGUUUUCUUUCAUUAAUGACUUCUUUAGGCC